AAGAACAUAGGCAACACUUUACGUCUACUCUUACAUCUUACCUCAACCCUAACUAACCAUAAUGAAGCUUCUGGCCAUUACUACAUCAGAAAAACCCAGCCUGUGGAUAUUCGGGUAUGGCUCCUUAGUCUGGAAACCAGACUUCAAAUACAAGAGGAGUGAAGUCGGUUAUAUUGAAGGAUAUAGUCGACGCUUCUGGCAUGGGGACAAUUUUCAUCGAGGAGACAAAGACAUGGUAAGUCUUUACCUUAAGAAAUGAAAUUCAUGUAUUUACUGCUGCUGUAGACAGACACAAUAUUAUCUCAGAUCAAACUGCAGAGCUUCAGAAAGUGGGAAGUCUAAGGAAGUCAAAUAAAAAAAGUUUGAUUUGUGAUGCAAACAUUUUGGAUAUGGAAAUGUCGAUGUAGCCUACUGUAGCCCAUCUGGAAAUGAAAUGGUUAAAAAUGCUGAGUGUGCAUUUAUCCUCAUGCACUCUCUCUCUGUCCACAGCCAGGUAGAGUGGUAACUUUGGUGGAAGAUCAUGAUGUAAGUGGCCUUGUUUCAAAACAACCCAGAACACACGUACAGCUCACAUUUGAUUUGAUCCUGUCUACCAUGAAUAAGUUCUGUACUGUAUGUUGUAAAAUACAUUGACAUUGGUAAAGUCCAUCUUGUUGAUAAACUGAACUUUGUUGACUAUUGACUUGCUCCUUGAAGUUGAACUCCUGUCCCAGUCUAACAUCCACCUCUUCUUCUCACUGCAGGCUUCCACCUGGGGGGUAGCCUACGAGGUCACUGACUCCCAGAUGGAGGAGUCUCUGCAGUACCUGAAUGUGAGAGAGGCUGUGCUGGGGGGCUACAUCACCAAGAUGGUGGAGUUCACUCCCAGAGAGAAGUGCCAAGGGUCUCUGCUCGCCCUGGUCUACAUUGCCACCUCUGACAACCCCAUAUACCUCGGGCCUGCCACUCCCACAGAGAUAGCUGCUCAGAUUGCCAUCUGCAGAGGCAACACGGGCCACAACAUAGAGUACCUCCUACGCCUGGCUGAGUUCAUGAGGCUGUACUGUCCCGAGGUAGAGGACGACCAUCUCUUCUCCAUAGAGGCAGCUGCCCUGGCUCUGAUUAUCUGA